UUCCCACCAUCAAUUCACAGUACAACAGAAACAUAGCCAACAACAUGUCCGACUCUGAAUUCGAUGAACCCGUCGACGCUGACCCUCCCACAAUUGACCCUUAUGAGGUCCUCGGUCUAGAGCGAAGCGCAACAGCUGACGAAGUCAAGAGCGCCUAUCGCAAGGCAGCAUUGAAGAACCAUCCAGACAAGGUCCCUGAUGCCGAAAAAGAAAAAGCCCAUGAGAUUUUCCAAUCGAUUGCGUUUGCAUACGCCGUGCUCUCUGAUCCAGUACGCCGCAAGCGGUACGACACAACGGGCUCGACAUCCGAAUCAAUAGUAGACUCGGAGGGCUUUAACUGGAGCGACUAUUACCGCGAGCAAUUCAAAGACGCCAUCUCUGCAAACGCUAUCGAACAAUUCGCCCAGCGAUACAAGGGUUCCGACGAGGAAAAAGAUGACUUGCUUGUUGCCUAUGAACAAUGCCAGGGAGACAUGGAUGCGCUUUACGAGCACGUUAUUCUGAGUGACGUCACUGUUGAUGACGAGCGAUUCCGAAAGAUUAUCGAUGCAGCAAUCGCUGCAAACGAUGUGUCUGGCUUCCCUGCGUAUGCCAAGGAAACCAAAGCCAAGCGGGCCGCUCGUAUCAAGAACGCUAAAGCGGAAGCAGUCGAGGCCGAGGAAUACGCCAAAGAGCUCGGUGUGCACAAGGAGAUUUUUGGCGAUAAGAAGGAAAAGAAAAGCAAGAAGAGCUCUGAGGAUAGCUUGGCUGCGUUGAUCCAGAAGCGUCAACAGAGCCGCUCUGAGGGCUUCCUCGACCACCUAGCUGAGAAGUAUGGCGCCGAGAACAAGGGAAAGAAGGGAAAGAAGCGAGCCAUGGAUGACGAACCAGACGAGGAGGCUUUCCAAGCUGCAGCUGCAAAGUUGAAAAACAGCAAGAAGAGCAAGAAGGGAAAGGCGUAGAGGCUGACUGACAGAAGCGUAACUACGGGUGACUUUACUCGGCGUUUGGGAGACAUUGACAGCUUUUGCAUUUCUACUAUGGAUCAUGGCGUUGGCAUUAAAUUUAGAAUGAAAUUUUCUUACAUU